UUUAAAGUCCGUAAUGUUUGCCCAUCUUUCUUUCUGACGGUCUUAGAUUCGGAGCAAUUCGUUCCAUGUUGGCUGGUUGAAGCUUAUCAGCUAUACUUAUUCAGUAGUGUAGUAUCUACCUGGGUAGGUAACUAACAAAACUAUUCCGGGAGUCUUGCUAGAAGUGGAUUCGAACCAUCAAUGCCUCGAUUCGACUUAGCUACUGAUUAUUAGGUAGCGUCGAACAACAUCGUCGCCCCCACACCGUCACGAAUAAAGGUUAGACUGCGGCUUAUAAUUCCCGCCCACACCAUUUUCCCCUAAAGCCAAGCAGUCAGGUUCGGCGGUGAAGGGAGCUACUCCGACCUGACGAUCCUACAUACUCAACCUGGAGGGAUACACAAGACAUACAAGGCCCUACCUGAACAUUAGGGUAGUAAAGCCACCACAUAGUUAUACCUUAUUCCCUUUCCUAUUCCUUAGCCCAAUUCCCCCUCCAUCGUUCCUGUUGUCGAAUAUUCACCCCUAGAAAGUAUCGACAACAUGGCGGAACCGACAAACACCCCAAUGCCAACGGCACCGCCAACCCCACGCUCCACCUCCCCCGCACUCGGCGCCACACGCUCUAGCAACACACUCAGUCCCCCCAAACAUAUCGGGAUACCAACGGUAACAUCCUUGUCCGUUCUGGGCGGUCCGACGGGGAGCAAGCCCGUCGUGCUGCACAUCGGGGAUCCCGUCAAGUAUAACCCGGAGACUUACACGGAAUUCGCGGCUCAGUUUGAGGUCGUGCGCCCGUCCGUCGAUGAACGUCAAAGGCCCGCCUUCAUCCAGGCCCUGCGCGAGAAGCGCUGGGGGGACUUCUCUGCCAUCUUCCGCCCCUUUUGGGGUACAGGUGGUGAGAUGGGUAACUGGGAUGCAGAACUCAUCUCUCUACUUCCCGAUAGCGUCAGAGUCUUCGCCAGUGCCGGCACUGGCUUCGACUGGGCUGAUACGCAGUUGUUGGGUGAGAAAGGUAUCGUAUACUGCAACGGUGGCCUUGCCGCCGCCGAGGCUGUAUCCGACUUCGCCCUCGCCAUGAUCAUUUCGACGUUCCGCGUACUGCCGUACUGCAUCUCGUCGGCAGCAACAGCCGACAACUUCCAGACAUGUCACGCGAGCGCCACAGCGCAAUCGCACAAUCUGCGUGGCCGUGUCCUAGGUCUCGUAGGGCUUGGGAAUAUCGGCCAACAGAUUGCGCUUAAGUGCAGCGCCGCUUUUGGUAUGGAUAUCGUAUAUUACGAUGUCGAGCGCAAGCCGCCCACAGUCGAAACUCGGUUGCGCGCGCGCUAUGCGAACAGCCUCGAGCAGCUUGUGCGUCAAUCGGACUGUGUUGUGCUAUGUGCACCUGGUGGCGCAGGUCAGAUUAUUAACUCGGAGAGCCUUAGGUGGUUCCGGCCUGGUGCGCGCCUUGUUAACGUCGCGCGAGGAUCUCUCGUCGAUGAUGAGGCGGUGGCCGAUGCGUUAGAGCAAGGAUGGCUCAGCAGCGCGGCACUCGACGUGCACGCCACCGAGCCCAAUGUUCAUCCUAAGCUGCUGGCACUUGCGGGAACUAAAGCUCUCCUGACUUGCCAUAACGCUGGUGGUACUGUCGAAACCCAUAUCGGCUUCGAGGAGCUUGCUAUGCGCAACAUCAUGGCUGUGCUAGCGGGCGGACAGGCUAUCACACCAGUCAACACACAGUGGUUGAGUGGUAAAGCCGCGUCAUGAAAGGAGGCGACUGGAUAUGUAACCGGUUUACAUCGGCCAAAUAGACAAACUUUACGUUACUAACGAGCAAGACGGCGUUGAAUGGCUUGAAGAUAUACGUUUCUUGAUUUUUCUAUUUUUCUUUCAGCGAGUCAGCAAACAAGCGAGCAAGACGAACGAUAAUCUAACAAAAUAACAUGGGUUUACUCGGCGGGGAUCAAAUACCCAUAGAUGGAAUGGAAUGGAGCAUCUGUAGAUAGGGAUUUGGGGUUUAGGGGGGCC